CGCUUCCCCGCCCCUUCCGGUUGUUCUCAUGGCGCGUGGCGGGGAGAGCAGUUUCAGCUUCUAGGGGCGAACCAAAGAGAGAAGGGGAGGAGCGCGAGGCGAAAUCCACUAUUUUCGUCAAGCCUUACUCCUCCCCUCCUCUCAGUACGAAGCUGCUAUUCUACUCGCACAGCGCCCAGCGUUUUUCGCCUCUGGAUGGGAGGAGCGGAACACAUCACGCACGCACGCACGCACGCACGCUGUAGUCUCGGCGCGAGGGACUCGACGCGGAGGAGAGGGCGCAAGACCUGCGUGCGCGUGCGUUCUGGCGUCCCGGGGCUAGGCUCGGCGAGGAGGUGACGGGUCUGAGGUUCGGCUAGGUAAGGGGGUUGGCGCUCAGCCAUCGGGUGCUGACCCCCGCCUUGGCCGCCUCCUCCUCCCUCCCCUAGCCACCGGUGAUCGGCGCCCUCUCCCCCCACCCCCCCGACUCACCCACACCCGUCGGAGGGAGGAGGACCUCUGUGCUGGAGCGAUGAGCGCCAACGAGGACCAGGAGAUGGAGUUGGAAGCAUUGCGUUCUAUUUAUGAAGGUGAUGAAAGUUUCCGAGAACUAAGUCCAGUUUCAUUUCAAUAUAGGAUAGGGGAAAAUGGUGAUCCCAAAGCCUUCUUAAUAGAAGUUUCUUGGACAGAAACAUAUCCACAAACAGCUCCAAUCAUAUCUAUGAAUGCUUUUUUCAACAACACCAUAUCAUCAGCCGUAAAGCAAAGUAUUCUGGCUAAAUUACAGGAAGAAGUUAAAGUUAAUCUUGGAACUGCUAUGACAUAUACAUUGUUUGAAUAUGCCAAGGACAAUAAAGAGCAAUUCAUGGAGAAUCAUCAUCCUGUCCAUUCUGUGACAUCAAUAAGCAAUAUUAUUUCAGUUGAAACUCCUAAUACAGCUCCCUCAAGUAAGAAAAAAGAUAAAAAAGAACAACUUUCAAAAACCCAGAAACGGAAACUAGCAGACAAAACAGAUCACAAAGGUGAACUUCCACGAGGCUGGAACUGGGUUGAUGUAGUUAAGGUAUGUUCCUUAAAUACAAAAUAUUUUAUUUCCUUAAUGUCAAUAGUUAUUGGUAUCAUAAUUAAACUUAUGUGA